CACAACCUACCUUCAAGUGCCCAAAGUGGUCCCGUAUCGCAAGAACAGAUCAAGGUCACGGUCAAGAUCGUCUUCGCGACCCAAAUCUCCGGAAACCGUGUCACCUCAACCGAUCAAGGCCCGACCAUUGCUACGACCAGUCACACCCCGUCACCUCCACCCUUCCCACCAAAGAUGUCUGCACUUCGAACGCAACCACCACAGAGCGAAAGUCUAACCUACGACUUCAAGUCGACGACAUUAAAUGGCUCCAGCACCCCCAGGACGAAUGGAAACACGACAUACAACCUUGACGUCUCAUCCCCGAGUAUCAAUAUCUCAAACAUAGAUGAUCUGAAUGGCGACUACUACACACUCUCCAAAACGCCUUCUCCACCACCACAGCGACCAUUGCGGCAGAGACUAGUAGGCGCCUGGCGCCUUGAAGCCUACGUCGCCUACCCAACUUCGUCAUGUCGCUUCCAACGCCCGACCUUCCCAAUGACCAAAAACGUCACAGGCCUCAUUAUGUACACGCCCGAUGGCUACAUGAGCGCGCAUAUGCUGAUUCCCGGCCAACUGUCCUUCAAGCGCGGUGAGGGCGAAGAACCGCAAUGGGCAGAAGCGGGCAAGCGAUCCUUUGCGUAUGCAGGUCCAUAUUACAUUACCGAUGAAGGAAUGGGCAGAGAAGAGAUUUUGAGGCACACAUUCCAGGUUUGCAACUUGCCGGGGUGGCUAGGCGACAUCCAAGUCAGGACGUGGAAGUUCGAGGAAGACGAUAAUGUGUUGGUGCUCGGCAGUGAGGAGCCCACAGAGAUCAGAGGCGAGCAAAGAAUCCCUGUUCUGAAAUGGCGAAGAGUGACGGAUAACUCGAAUGGCAGCCCGCCAGCGCCGAUGCCUCACAUCAAAGUCAGCGGACCUGGCGAGCCAUGA